GUCGCUUGCGAGGGGAAGGGAUGUGGGGAAGGCCGGCGCAACAGCUGGAUCCGUGGCGGUAGGGAGCCUGGGAUCGCCAUGGCGGUGGCGGAGAGGCUAGGCCGGACAGAAAUGUGAAUGGCAGAGACUGACCCUUGGGGACCACCGCCCGACUGACCCACGGGCUGUGGGAAACACCCCCCACAGCGCCGAGGAUGCUCUGCUUGCCCCUCCUCUUGCUGGCCGGCCUCUCCCGUUGCUCCAGCUCAGAAAUCAACCCCGCGAUAUGCCGGUACCCUUUGGGGAUGCACGAAGGGUCGAUCCGAGACGAGGACAUCACCGCUUCCAGCCAGUGGUACGACUCUACAGGGCCCCAAUACGCACGUUUGCUGCGGGAAGAGGGCGACGGCGCCUGGUGCCCAGCUGGUCUCCUGCAGCCUGAAGACGUGCAGUUCCUCCAGAUAGACCUGCACAAGCUCUAUUUCAUCACGCUGGUGGGCACCCAAGGGCGGCAUGCGCGCGCUACCGGCAAAGAGUUUGCCCGCGCGUAUCGCAUCGACUACAGCCGCAACGGGGAGCAAUGGCUCUCUUGGAAAGACCGUCAGAACGGGCAGGUGAUCCAAGGCAACAUUGACACGUACGACGUCGUCCUGAAAGACCUCCGCCCACCUGUCAUCGCCCGCUACAUCCGCGUGAUCCCGGUGACGGAGCAGCCCAUGACCGUCUGCAUGCGAGUGGAACUCUACGGUUGCGUUUGGUCAGAUGGCUUGGAGUCCUACAGGAUUCCCGAGGGGGAGAUCAUGGCGGCUCCUGGACACCCCAUUGUCUACCUGAAUGACUCAACCUACGAUGGUUACCAGGAGCGCAGGCUCCUGCACGGUGGAUUGGGCCAGCUGACGGACGGCAUCCUGGGCUUGGACGACUUCACCAAGAGCCACCAGUACCGCGUGUGGCCGGGCUACGACUACGUCGGCUGGAAGAACGACAGCUUUCAGGACGGCGCCAUCGAGAUGGAGUUCCAGUUUGACCGACAGAGGAACUUCACUUCCAUGAAGGUCCAUUGCAACAACAUGUUUUCCAAGGGCGUGAAAAUCUUCGAGAGGGUGGAAUGCCUCUUCAAGCUGCGGCUGAUCGCCGUGUGGGAGCCAGAGCCCGUGGGCGUGGACACGGUCCUGGACGACAAGAACCCCAGUGCGCGGUUCGUGACCGUCCCCCUCAACCAGCGCGUCGGCAAGGCGAUCCUGUGCCGUUUCCAUUUCGCCGACACCUGGAUGAUGAUCAGCGAAGUCUCCUUCCAAUCAGAAGACAUUGAUGCCUUUGACCCGAUUGUCGUGACUCUCGCCUCAAGCACAACUUCAACGAUUCUCCCAUCGGAGGAACCGAAUGCUACGGACGGCACUUGGGUGACCACCUCCACAAUGUCUGCCAUGAGCCCCUGGAUCGAACACAAGACCGAAAACUCCAACACCUCCGUUUUGGUCGGCUGCCUGGUGGGCAUCAUCCUUCUACUCCUGGUGGUCAUCGCUGCCAUCCUGUGGAGGCAGUACGCCCAGAAGCGCCUCGAGACGGCUCCCCGGCGAAUCCUGGAAGAGGACGCCACCGUCCGCCUUUCCUUUUACAGCUCCAGGAUCGUCAGCGGCCAGACCCAAAUCCACCAGACCAACCCCACCUACGAGAGGGUCUUCCCGUUGGACCUGGAAUAUCACCAGCCCAUCACCCUCCUCCAGAAACUGCCGGAGCUCUCGCAGAGCGCCGAGGACUCGGCGUGUAGUGGCGAUUACGCUGAGCCAGACGUCACCAAGUGCACCCCGCACCAAGGUUUCCAGAACAACGUGCCCCACUAUGCCGAGACGGACAUCGUCAGCCUGCAGGGCGUGACGGGCAACAACACGUACGCUGUGCCGGCCAUCACCAUCGACUCGUUGACCAAGAAGGACAUCUCCGUGGCUGAGUUUCCGAGGCAGCAGCUGCGGCUCAAGGAGAAGCUGGGUGAAGGACAGUUUGGAGAGGUCCAUCUCUGCGAAGCUGACGGUCUCCUGGAAUUCUUGGGUCGGGUUUCCCCAGAGGCCUCCAGCCAGGCCGUUCUCGUGGCCGUCAAAAUGCUACGCGCCAAUGUCACCAAGACGGCCAGGAACGAUUUCCUCAAGGAGAUCAAAAUCAUGUCCCGGCUGAAGGACCCGAACAUCAUCCGUUUGCUGGGGGUGUGCGUGCGUGACGAUCCCCUGUGCAUGAUCACCGAGUACAUGGAGAACGGGGAUCUCCACCAGUUCCUGUUGCAACGGCAGAGCAGAAGCACCUUUACGCUCGCCAACAAUAUUCCCUGUGUCAGCUGCCUCCACCUCCUGCUGAUGGCUACUCAGAUUGCCUCCGGCAUGAAGUACUUGGCUUCCCUUAACUUUGUACACCGGGACCUGGCCACACGUAACUGCCUGGUUGGCAACAAUUACACCAUCAAGAUUGCCGAUUUCGGCAUGAGCCGGAACCUGUACAGCGGGGAUUACUACCGGAUCCAGGGCAGGGCGGUGCUGCCGAUCCGCUGGAUGGCUUGGGAAAGUAUCCUCCUGGGCAAGUUCACCACGGCCAGCGACGUGUGGGCCUUCGGGGUGACGCUGUGGGAGAUGUUCACGCUGUGCAAGGAACAGCCGUACAGCUGGUUCUCUGACGAGCAAGUCAUCGAGAACACCGGGGAGUUCUUCCGAGACCAAGGCCGGCAGGCGUACCUGGGUCAGCCGCCACUGUGCCCAAAUCCUGUUUUUGCCUUGAUGAUGAAAUGCUGGAGCCGAGAUAUCAAAGACCGUCCUGUGUUCGAGGCCAUCCACCUGUUUCUGGUGGAACAAAUGGACGGGAGCAUUUGACCUGCAAAAGAGCGUGAGGGACGCUGUGGAGAGAGGCAGGGCUGCCUCCCGCCGGCCAAAACGCCCUCAGGUUUCUGUCAGACUCCCUUGCUGCAGGGGAUUUGGACAAACCACCGAAGUAACCCUUGAAGUGGCCACCUGUUGGAAUGCCUUCGAAAUGUGGCGUGAGGCGCCCUUUCCGUGGCACGGUGCGUCAAUGUGGACGGUUGCCACGGCAAACAAUUCUGGCCACGCUCAAGGUGGCUUCCCAAAAUCCACUUUCUGUGACUUCUCUUUGAAGGAGACCCUCGUGGUAGCUGCUCUCUCCCUCAGCCACGGUCCAGAGACCCACGGAUCCAAGAAAGCCCCAUCUCGUGGAAUAAUUUUGCCUUCCUCCCUGGAU